UACAUAUAUAUUAUUUAUUUAUAUAUCUGCGUAUACAUAUCUAUACGUAUAUAGCACCCGCACUGACAUCAUGAUGAGUGCGAACUAUCCGUCGCUGUCCGAAUCCGAGGAAGCCGUCGCGAACGGCAGCGUCGUUGACGACGACAGACACGACGGCAGCCACAACAACAAUAACAACAGCGGCAGCAAAAACACCAACGGCAGCAGCAGCGACAACGACAAGCUGCAGGUGAAGACAGUACCGUCGCGAAAGAUCUCUCUCGACAUCCCGCGAGCGAUUCACACCGGCCCGCGCCUCAACCGCGUACCACCAAUGACGAAGGCGUUCGAAAAUCUCCUCACUAGCCUCGGAGAGGACCCGAAGCGAGAAGGUCUGUACAAGACGCCGGAGAGAGCCGCGAAGGCGAUGCUGUUCUUCACUAAAGGCUACGAGGAAAGAAUCGAAGAUGUACUAAACGACGCAAUAUUCGAUGAGGACCACGACGAAAUGGUCAUCGUCAAAGACAUAGAGAUGUUCUCAAUGUGCGAACAUCACCUGGUACCAUUCAUCGGAAAGGUCUCAAUCGGGUAUUUACCAAACAAGAGAGUACUCGGGCUAAGCAAAAUCGCAAGAAUUGUCGAAGUUUACUGCAGGCGGUUACAAGUUCAGGAGCGGUUGACAAAGCAAAUAGCCGUGGCGUUGACACAAGCUAUUCAGCCAGCGGGUGUAGGAGUCGUCAUUGAAGCGACGUGA